AUGUCGGUCUUCUUCCUGCAGUUUCCCACUGCUCUGCUGUGCGGUGAGAUCAGGAAGGCCUACGUUGAGUUCUGUAACGUCAGCGGUGUCGCUCUAUCCGGCCUUCGAGUGGCGUCCACACACCCUGAUUUCUUCACCUUUGGUGCUGGUCUCAGCGGGGGAUUUCAGCCAGCCGUCUGGUGUGAUGGACAUCCCGAUAGAGGGCAGCACGCUGCAGCCGGGGGAGUCCACCCAGCUGCCUCUUUGGCUCCGAGGACCAGACCAGGAGGGGGUGCACGAAAUCAACUUCCUCUUCUACUACGAGAGCACAGAGAAGGGAAACAAAAUCAGGAACAACUUCAUCAACGUGAAGCCCAUGAGUGGCCAGCUUCAGCUGUAGCAUCUUCCAGGUUGAGGGCGCGAUCAUUAACAUUGCAUUACAAGGACUUCACUGAAUCAGAAGCUCCUCCUCCACUCAUCCUGCCCGCUGCAGAGCUUUCCCAACUCAUCAAAACCAACCUGCACUACCCCGAGACAUACACACACCCCUUUGUCCAGGAGAGCCUCUGUGUGGUCCCCGUCACUCUCACCCUGUCCAACUGCUCCCUGGCCCGGGUGGAGGUCAUCAUCGACCUACGGCACAAAAGCGCCAGCCCCGAGUCAGUGGAGGUGCACAGCUCGUUCACCUGGGUGGGUCAGACCCAGCACCACCUGCAGCUGAGGCCCCAGGAGGUUCUAUGCCUCACCCUGCAGGCCUGCUUCCUGCAGCCCGGGGUCUACAACCUCAACACGCCGCGAGUCUUCGCCAAGCUGACGGACCAGGGCGCCAUGUGUGAGACGAGUCAGCAGACAGCCAGUCCUGCCCUCAUCAUCAUCAACAGCGCCUGAGAGCAGCAAGCCCACCGGACUCCUCCAACACACCAACCACUCUUCUUCUUUGAUUCUGGGCAGCAGGAAGCAUUAAUGUUUGUACCAAUUACUAAAACAAGAGAAUGUGUAUUCAUACCAAACAGGUUAUAGAGCUCUCUGGACUCUUUCCCUUGCAUGUAACUGUGUGUGUGCGGAUCUCAUCCACACACACAGCUCCACCCUCCGUGCUCUACUGGCUCCACACUCUGUGGACUAAUGCAACAAACCUACUGCACUCUGGAGAAGCCAUGUGUAAGUGUGCAGGGUGAACUGAGCUGUAGAGUAAAGGCGGUUACAUAGUGUGACAUUGUGACAGGAGUGUGACAUCCUGACUAUUGACCCCCCCCACCCAUUCUGUACUACCAUGAGCACGCAGUGGAUUUUCUACAGUGUGUUCCACCUCUCCAUAUUGUGAUCGAGCUCUUAUAUGCAUUGACUUGACAGCUUUUUUUGAAAAUGAUGUAUUAUAUUUAUAUAACAAAUUGGUUGUAAAUAGAAAAUAAAAAUGUAACUAAUGAUCUGUGACAGACUGUAUAGAGUCAGGGUACAUUGUGGUGAUAUUAUGUACAAAUAUAAUUAUUGUGCUCGGUCACAAACAGGGCCUCAGCUCCGCCGUGGUCGUCUGCUAUGAGAAGAAGCCUUCAUUACACAAUGAAACGCUCACACACUGAGCUCAUGGGAAUAUUUUUGGCACAUAUAAAUGUACUGUUAAUACUUUUAGGCCAACAAAAUAAAUAAAUGAGAACUUCCGUACUUCUCCAGCA